CUUAAAAAAUUCGUACUUACCCUGUAUUUCAGGUUGAGUGCAUCGGUCGCUGGCUUCUACAAUUAAAAGAAAUAAAAAGAAUGUGGAUCCACUCUGACAGAAGGUGGAUUGGUUAUGGUGGAAGAGUGUGCGAGGAAUUGAAUAAUUUGAGAUACAUACAACUUGCGCAGAAGAAUCAGAUGAUCGACAACAAUUGCUUAUAUAAAGAAGAGCUGAAUCGUAGUAAUUCUUACUCAGGUCUGGCCGAGUCGACGAUAUUGCUCCCUAGUCAAGCCGGAUUUGACGGUUCAGGGAGUCCGGUUUGCUCCUCGCCGGAUCCGAACCUGAACUACAGGCCGGUCAUCGGUAUCCUGAGUCACCCUGGAGAUGGCGCGUCCGGUCGGUUGACCAAUGAUACGAGCUCCACGUACAUCGCGGCUUCCUAUGUGAAGUUCGCUGAGGCAGGUGGAGCUCGUGUUAUCCCACUCAUCUACAACGAACCUGAAGAACUCCUCUUUCAGAAGCUAGAGCUGGUCAACGGUGUGAUAUUCACUGGUGGUUGGGCUAAAAAAUAUGAUUAUUUCGAGAUCGUCAAAAAAAUCUUCAAUAAAGCUUUGGAGAGAAAUGAUGCUGGAGAGCAUUUUCCAGUUUAUGGCAUUUGUCUCGGAUUCGAGCUUAUGUCAAUUAUCAUCAGUCAGAACAGAGACAUUCUUGAAAGAUUUGAUGCAGAGGAUAAUGCAUCAACCCUACAGUUUGUUGAUAAUGUUAAUAUCGAUGGAACAUUAUUCCAAAGAUUUCCUCCAGAGCUGUUGAAAAAACUCAGUACAGAUUGUUUGGUUAUGCAGAAACACAAGUAUGGUAUCACACCAGCAAACUUUCAAGGCAAUCCUGCUUUGUCUAGUUUCUUUGAAAUCCUCACAACCUGCAUAGAUGAAAACAGCAAGACUUAUGUUUCAACUGUUAAAGCAAAGAGAUACCCAAUAACUGGCUUCCAGUGGCAUCCUGAGAAAAAUGCAUUUGAAUGGGGAUCAUCCGCGAUUCCACACUCUGAGGAUGCAAUCCAGGUGACACAGCAUGCUGCUAGUUAUUUAGUCAGUGAAGCUAGGAAGUCACUGAACAGACCACCAUCAAAGAAAGUGCUAAGCAAUCUCAUAUACAACUAUAAGCCUACUUACUGUGGAUACGCAGGGAGGGGUUACGACGAGGUUUACAUUUUCACACAACCAAGAUCCCGUUUCUGAGGACUUACUCGUCUUCUUGUGUGUUUGUUUGUAACUCUGAUUUCUAGUUUCAAUGUAGGGAGCCGAUUGUUUUGCUUGCCUGCAUGAUUUCGAUUUAUCUCUUUGGAAGUAGAUCCUUUUCAAAAGAAAUAGUAAUUGUGUUUGGUUCGUCUUUCUAGCAAAACGGCAUGCCGUAACUUUGGAAUGAUGGCACUAGUUAACUUUGUGUAACUAGUGCGCACUUGUUUUUCUCAUGGAUUGCGGGUUGAAUGCGCUGCAGUGAAGCUAGGAAGUCACUGAACAGACCACCAUCAAAGAAAGUGCUAAGCAAUCUCAUAUACAACUAUAAGCCUACUUACUGUGGAUACGCAGGGAGGGGUUACGACGAGGUUUACAUUUUCACACAACCAAGAUCCCGUUUCUGAGGACUUACUCGUCUUCUUGUGUGUUUGUUUGUAACUCUGAUUUCUAGUUUCAUUGUAGGGAGCCGAUUGUUUCUAUCUUGCCUGCAUGAUUUCCCUGGUUGAUUUAUCUCUUUGAAAGUAGAUCCUUUCAAAAGAAAUAUAAUUGUGUUUGGUUCGUGUUUUUAGCAAAUAAACAUUUGACUUUUGAGAUU